UUCCUUUCCCUCUCUCCUUCAUCCCAGACAUGUGUGCAAGACAGCUGGUGAUGUGGGCGGUGGUGAUGGUGAUGGCGAUGGUGAUGGUGGAGACAGCUGAGGCUAAGACGCUGGUGGAGUGGAUGGAGGAUCCGGAGGUGGAUGAUUACGGUAAUGAUAAUGAGGGUGAGAUUUGGAACCGAGGCAUCACGAAGGAGUGGAAUGAUAAUGAUGAUGAAGUGAUAGACAGUGAUGAUGACAGUGGGGAAAGUUACAGUGACGAAUAUAAUGAGAUAAUGACCUACAGAGACAUAGACAGUGACAGUGAGAUGAGUUACAGUAUGCAAGACAAUGACGAUGAUAGUGACCCUUAUAGUAAUACAGACAAAGAUAAUGACGGUGACAAGAAAGAGGAUGACAACAGUAAGACUCUUAAUGCAGACACAGAUGACAACAGUGACAUAAAUAACCACGAGAAAAAGAUGAUUGGCAGCAGUGAAAUUAAAGAGCAUGAGCAGAAGAAAGAGGAGCAAGAGGAGGAGAUGAAGGAAGAAAACGAAGAAGACAAAAAGAGACUCCCUUUAGUCUUUAUAGAAACAGUUUACUCACUCCCGAGCGCCACACACUCCAGCAAGCCUCGAUUUCUUGGCUAUCACAAGUAUUCAUUAAAGCGAAGGAUCAAAGUCUUCAUGUACACAUUCACUGACACUCAUACACCCACCAGUAAAUCAUCCGUGACACCCGAAACACCCCUGCCACUCCUUCCACUUCCCAAAAACCAUGUAUCCCAGUCACCCACAAUACCCAUACCCAGACCCGGUACCCUACCACCACCACCACCACCACAACUACCACUGAAUCAUCCACUGUCACUCACUCCACCAUUAUCAACGACUAAUAUCUCAGAGGAAUUUGAACCCAUAAAAGUCACAUUAUCUCAUGCUGAACCACAACAACCGUCUCUCCCGAUCAAAACCUCCACUGCACAAAGAAAGGAGGCCGGAAAAGUACACAGAAGGAAGAAAAAUGUGAAGAUAGACAAGGAUGAUCAUAAACGCAAACAAACACCCGCGUUCUUGUCAAACACAGGUCCAAACCAUCUGCACUUAUCCAGCCUCAAAAUAAGGAUUCUCCUGUGCCUCUGCUUGUGCCUGAAACGAAAAAAAAGAUGGCGCUUCAAACGGAAAAGAAGAAGAGGAGACAGAAGAGAAGCAUUCGAUACAAUGAAAGCGAGGAAGAAGAUGAUGAAACGAAGAAUGGUGCCAAAAAGUAUAAAAAGAGUAAAAGGAAGCAUAACAAACACACGGAGAAAAAGAAGCACAUGAAGAAGAAAGAUCCAGAAAGUUACUCAGAAGAAAGUAAAGACAAAAAGCAACGAGGGCAAGCGACAAGAAGCAAAGGAAAUUCAAGAUCCAAAUAUUUAUUAGCAGAAGUAAAGCCUCAGAGAUUCCAAACCGAAAAAGUUAAGCCAAAGAACACAAACUCCCCGCAACACAGAGAAAAUUAUGAAGUCGACGAAUUUUCAAGAGAUGUGUCAGAGCACCAUUUGAAUCGCCCACAUAAGAAGAGAGGUAAAUCAAGCCACACCUGGAAUAAAAAGACCCGAGGCACUACUGACGAUGCGGAGACUAGCAGAAAAACGAAACAGGAGGAAGAGAUGUUAGCGGCGGUGAAUGAAAUAUACAACCCAUCACCUCUUAAAUACGUGGAUGAUGAAAGUUUGUUGGCAGGUGACAAUGAUAGUGCGAUGAUGGAAGAUGAUGAAAAGGGUGAAAAAUAUAAUACUUCGGGUGAUAGUAAAGGUGAGAAAGAAAGUAAAAAGAGUGACAAUGAUACUGCCGCCGCUAACGAAAAAGGAGUCAAUACUGAUGAAAAAUAUGAGUAUGAUUAUGAGUACUAUGAUUCAGAUACCGCGGGGAAAACUCAGGACAAAGAAAGAAGUAUUGAAAACGACGAGAGAGAUAAAGAAAAACAGAACUAUGAGAGCGCUUCGGUGGAUGAAGAAAAAGAAGAUAAAGAGAAGAAAGGCGCAGGCUACAAGUAUAAAUAUGAAAACGAAGAUGCAGAAAUUACUGAAGAAGGAGGAAAAGGAGGACGUGAAGGACGAGAGAGAAGUGAAGAAAGACGAUAUAGAGGAUGCUGACACUGAUGCAGGAUCUAAUCAGGGACAGAAAGACGAAGAAAAAGACCAAUUACAUUACUAUCAACACUACUUCGACAAUAGAAAACGAAAUGAUAAAGUGAAUGGCGUGCCUACUGACGCUGGAGUUACUGAAAGCGAAGCAGGAGCAGUAGAAGCAACAGCAAAUGGUAGACGAACAUACCAACGAACACCCACGCCUGUAACACGCGCAUGGCAGAGUAACCCAACUUUUCCACUGCCAUCUCUUAUUAGUAACACUCGUGGAACACCUGGCAGCGAUACACCUGAAGCUAAUCAGCACCAAGGGCAACAAAUCUCGCCACACCUAGACCCAUUCACGGCCAGGGCUGUGAAGAGUGUCCUGAGGAGACUUAGAUCUGGAGUAAUGCCGAAUUUAGGUCCAGAAAUGGGAGCAGAAAUGUGGCCAAAUAGGCAAAUCAAACCGGCUGUGCUCUCAGGUAUAUAUCCGGGAAUGCUGCCCCAAAUAAAACAAACACAGUGGCAGGUACAGUGCCAGAAAUGGGAUUAGGAAAAAGGUCAAGUAUAAGGACGGAUAUAGUGCCAAGUAUCUACUCUCAAGCGAUAUUAGCCAUGCUGGAGGGAAUGGCACAGGGAAAAGUGCCGUAUAUGAGAGCAAGUGUGGGGUAUGUGCCACAAGGAAUAGGGCCAGGAAUGCGUCAGUUAGGGCUUGGUAUGGGGCAGGGAUGGCAAGGGUGGAGGCAGCAGUGGGCAGUGCCAGUGGGGUGGACGAGGGUGGGACAGACAGCAGCAUGGCCAUACCCUUCUAGUGAAUGGUGGCCACGGAUGGUGAGUGUGAAGAGACAAGGGACGAAGUGCUGCGGUGGACAGAUGAAGGGCUGAGGUAGACAGAUAGAAAGACACGCAGACAGACAUACACACACAGACACACACAUGCAGGUAGCAUGAUACAUAAAAAAGAGAGACACACUCGUAUGAAGAGCUAAACAGAUAGACUUAUAAAACCAACACAUAGACAGACAAAUUCUCAGACUGGUGGACAGAUAGAUAGACAGAUAAGCAAGUAAACAUGCAGACAUAUAGAUACAUAGACAGAUGGACAAAUAGACAGACGGGUAAGCUGAUAAGCAAACGGAUACAUAUAAAAAUAAAA